GAUACGCUUAACCAUUAGCGCGUCAUCCAAAGUUUAUUGAGUCUCUUACCCGCGAAAAGAUGGUGGUCGUUGACUGUGGCGACAGUUAAUGGUUUUGUGUUGGAUUUGUUCCAAUACAGAUUGGCAAACAAAACCCGCCACCUUCGCCACCUACUAACACCGCACCGCCGCCGCUGCCCAUAACUACCAACAUCUUUAUUAAGCUACCAUUCACUCUUUCACCAUUACGAAAAGUAAAAAUUGUAAGGAAAAAAAAGAUCUUUUUUUUCUUUCUUUUUUUUAUUCAAUAUUCUCUUUGCUUUGAAAGGGUCUCUUGAAUCUCUGUCAAGAAGCCUGCUGAACUGCCAACGAAGAGGCGCGGUGAUCUGGGCCCACCAUUCUUGAUUCUUCUUCUGAUCUGGGCUCAGGAGCUGUGCUGGGAUUGGAUUCUUUGUGGAUUGUUCUUGUAGAUACUUUCAGUAAUGUGGAAGGACCUUGGAGAUUCUGGUGAUUCAUUCUACGAGGUCCGGCCUCAAUGCACGGAUGUCCCCAAAACCAAGUUUAGAGUCAAGGCUGGGAAAACCCUAAGUUCAAGGAGAUGGGAAGCUGCAUUUACUCCAGAAGGUUAUCUCAAUAUUGGCAAAAUACUUAGAAGAAUUUAUCGUGGGGGUAUACAUCCCUCAAUUAGAGGCGAAGUUUGGGAAUUUUUACUGGGUUGUUAUGAUCCAAAAAGCACUUUUGGAGAACGAGAUCAGAUAAGACAACGUCGGAGGGAGCAGUAUGCGGUAUUGAAAGAAGAAUGCCGCCAAAUAUUUUCCAUGAUUGGAAGUGGCAGAUUUAUUACUGCACCUGUAAUCACAGAGGAUGGCUAUCCUACUCAAGAUCCUUUAGUGCUUCAAGAGGCAAAUGGGGCCCAAAGGCCAACCGAGAAUGGUUCUUUGAAUGACCCAGACUUGGUGAAGGAAACAGAUCAAAGAAUAGUUCAGUGGAAACUCACGUUGCAUCAGAUAGGUCUUGAUGUUUUCCGGACGGAUAGGACACUAAUAUUCUAUGAGAAACAAGAGAAUCUUGCAAAACUUUGGGAUAUUCUAGCCGUUUAUGCCUGGUUUGACAAAGAUAUUGGCUACUGUCAAGGUAUGAGCGACCUUUGCUCCCCCAUGAUAAUUCUUCUUGAAGAUGAAGGGGAUGCGUUUUGGUGCUUCCAACACUUGAUGCGUAGACUGCGAGGAAAUUUCAAAUGCACUGAAAGUUCUGUCGGAGUAGAAAUGCAGCUUAGUAAUCUGGCCACAGUUACCCAAGUUAUUGAUCCUAAACUCCAUAAGCACUUAGAGACCUUAGGUGGAGGUGAUUAUCUGUUUGCCUUUAGAAUGCUUAUGGUUUUGUUCCGUCGUGAAUUUUCUUUUGGCGAUUCAUUGUUUCUAUGGGAGAUGAUGUGGGCGCUAGAGUACGAUCCAACGCUGUUCUUGCUGUAUGAAGAUCCUGAAUCAUCUAACGAAAAAUCUGAAGGAUCAAAAGGGAAAACGAAGACAAAAAGCGAGUAUGGGAAAUACGAGAGAGCAUACAUGAAAAAUGCAGGAAAAAAUAAUUCAGUGGCUCCCCUCCCACUCUCGGUUUUCCUUGUUGCCAGUGUCCUCAAAGAAAAAAGCCCCAAGCUGUUGGCAGAGGCUCGGGGACUGGACGACGUUGUUAAGAUACUAAAUGACACAACGGGCAACCUAGACGCGAAAAAAGCAUGCAAUGGCGCGCUCAAAAUUCACAAGAAAUACCUUAAAAAGGUGAAGUAGAUGAGAUGUGGAAGGAAUUCUGAUUGUGAAAUAAACACAGAAACAUGAACCUAAUACUGGAAAUCUUUAGAAAUGGUACAUAGCAAAAGCUUGGUUUUUUGUUUUUUGUUUUUUCUUUUUAAUAUUAUGGAUUAAGUUCUUACAAUGUAUUUGCAUCAACUAUUGUAUUGUUGUAUUUCAGAUGAUGAAUCAUAACACACACACACACACACGUAGUGUGAGUAAACUCUACAUACCUGUUUUAUGUUGUAAUGCAAAGACCCUCCAAACGUA